AUGACUAUCAGGUUCACCGACGGUUUUCUGCAGAACCAGUCUCCAUUUUUCGCAAAUGUUCCACCAGAAAUUCAUGACAUGAUCUUGAUCAACUUGUUUGGCAAACGCAGGCUUCAUAUCGAACGCGCUCCGCAGCCGAGCGGCAACGAUCGGGAGCAGAAGGUAAGGAACCGGCCGACUGACCGCCAAUGGGUGCAUUUCCUUUGUUUCGAAGGGUCAUAUCAACAUUUCCAUGACGAUGAAGAAGAUGCGUAUUGGAGAUAUUAUUUGUCAUCAGCCUUCAUUCUUACUUGCAAGCGAGCCUUUGAACAGGGUAUCAAGAUUCUUUACCAGACAAACACUUUCGAGUUUGAAGCUUCGGGUGAAUUUAUGGAGUUCCAAAGAUACCGGAUUGCUCCUGACCUGAAACGUUUACUCACACACAUUGAUACCCCAGUAUCGAUCGAAUUCAGCGAUCUGGUCUGCUAUGGAAGCGAACUUGAGAAGACGGGAAGGCCACAGCCCACCAGGUUCACAAUGCUGUGCCAUACUCUGUCUAAGAUGAAGCAAGAGCUCAACCUGCGCUUUCAUGUGCAUAUGAGCAACGGCGAGCCAUGGCCCAAGCACACUGCUGAGAGUAAGAGACUGGCAAGCCAGGCUAUCAAAGUCGGUCUAGAGACGCUUGUCGGCAAUGGGCGGGUCACUUGUGUAAUUGAUGGCUGUGGUAUGGAUGGCUUCUCUGAACUCGUGAAGGGGAUAUGGUCGAAAAAGCUAGAGGGGGGGUUGAAGCUUAACAUGUGUCCUCACAAGCCUCUGAGCCGCUAUGACUCGUCUUCUGAUGAGGAACAAGAUGACGACUCUUCAACUGAUAGUGAGAGCAAUGAGCAAGUUGAUGAAGAAUGACUGUGGCGGCGUUUGUCUCUGAGAG